AAGACUGGCUGUUCUAUGACUCUGGCCUGUUUCUCUCAGCCUCUGAUUCAGGAGAACAAUGUCACGGUGUAUCUGGAGACCAUCAGAGAGGUGAGUACAACUAAUCACACAGAACUGAAGUCUGACUGUUCUAUGGCUCUGGCCUGUUUCUACCAGCCUCUGAUUCAGGAGAACAAUGUCACGGUGUGUCUGGAGACCAUCAGAGAGGUGAUGGGGCUGAAGUCUUGGCAUUCCCGUGUAGCAAUCCUUGGUUAUAUCCAGGUCAUGGUGUUCUGUAACCUCUUUACCAUGAUCCAGACAAAGCACAGAAAGGAAAUCCAGAACUUUAUACUCCAUCUCAUCUGUGAUGACCAAGUAGAGGUGAGAGAGAUGGCAGCCAUAACAUUGAGUGGAUUAGUACAUUGUGGAUUUCUAGACAUGGACAAAGAUAUGCUGGAACACUUUGAAGUCCUGAGUAGGAACAAGGUGAAGAAGCGUAAGUUAGCGGACUCGAUGCCUCUGGAGGCCCUAAUAAAGCGUCACGCUGGUGUCCUGGGUCUCAGUGCUCUAGUGGAAGCCUAUCCUUACAAUGUACCCGAGUUCAUGCCACAGAUCCUAAUGGACCUUAGUAACCAUGUCAACGACCCUCAACCAAUACAGAUGACUGUGAAGAAAACUCUAUCAAACUUUCGUAGGACCCACCACGACAAUUGGCACGAUCACAAACAAAUGUUUACAGACGAUCAACUUGUCAUAUUAACUGAUAUUCUAGUGUCCCCUACUUACUACGCUUGACAACGGAUCAGUUCCUAGAAAUAUUACAAACCAAGGUGUAAGGACCGAACUAGGAACAGCUCAGUCAUGGUAGAGAAAACCAGAGUUAUCUCCCCCCAAUAACAGGAUUGCAGAAGUCAUCAGUGCCCAUCUCAAAGACUUCGUUAGGGAUAAUCAGUGAUUUCAUUAUUCCUCCUCCCAUAUAGUUUAAGCAUUUCAGUUGUAUUUUAGGGUUUUCUCAUACAAUGUAUUUGAUGUGUAUCAUGAAUACAAUAUUUAUUUGCAUUUUGUUAAGGUAAUCAAGGAAACAUAUGAAGUCUGAUCAGUUUUAUGGAUUAAGCAGCCCAAGUUGGUUAUUAUACUGAAAAGGAUACCUAUUUAAAAAAAAUUGUGCUUUGGCCCAAGUUGGUUAUAUGAAAAUGUAGCUUUGUACAAAUCUUAGUUGGUUAAAGGGAAAUAACUUAGAUAUCUGAUUUUGAGAUUGCUAACAGAGAUUUGUUGUGAACUUUUUGUAAUCUGCAUUUUCUAAACCUCAAAAAAUUCUUGCAUAAAUGAAAAUUUUUCAUUGAUUGAUACUACACUGUAUCACUUAAGAUAUGUAGGUACAGUUACAUGUAUUUAUUUUCAGAAAUAGUUAGGGGUUUUAAAACUAACUUUUUCAAAUAAGAUAUUUUAU